AUGUCGAGUAAGUCGUUUAGUGGUCGCUGGAGUUUGUGGCUGGCGGUGGUCGACGCCGGCCGGAAUGGACAGCCGGCGGAUAGUGAAGUUUUGUUGUCCUAUUUUUACAGGCAUCAUCGGCGUUGGGUUGCUGAGAAGUUGGGACCUGAUGCUGCAUCUAGGGAACUUGAGUUCACAAGGAAGAUAUUCUGCCUGGAUGCUAAAAAUUAUCAUGCCUGGUCUCAUAGGCAGUGGGUUCUUCAGGCUCUAGGCGGUUGGGAGGAUGAACUUGACUAUUGUGCGCAGCUCCUUGAGGAAGACGUGUUUAACAAUUCUGCUUGGAAUCAGAGGUACUUCGUCAUCACAAAAUCUCCUUUCCUUGGAGGUCUAAAAGCUAUGAGAGAUUCUGAAGUUGAUUAUGCUAUUGAAGCUAUCGACGCAAAUCCGGAGAAUGAGAGCCUAUGGAGAUACCUUCGUGGCCUUUACAAUGACGAAAAUGAAGCUUGGCUAAAUGAUUCUCAAGUGCAUUCAGCAUGUCUGCGUGUUCUGAAAGCCAAAAGAAACUUCAAAUUUGCUUUGAGUACACUUUUGGAUCUGCUUGGCCUCAGCUUCAAACCUAACCAAGAAAUAAAGGAUGCAAUAACAUCUUUGAGGACUUCAGAUUCGGGUGAAGCAGGUUCAGACUCGGAUCUGGCAAAUUCAAUUUGUUCUAUCUUGGGACUUGAAGAUCCAAUGAGAGCCAAUUAUUGGACAUGGCGAAGCAGCAAGCUUCCUCAAGCAGCUGAAGUCUGAUAUCCAAUACGAGCAGGCUUUUUCAUAAGCUAUAAACUAUUGACUUAUGUCUUGUAUUUUGCUCUGAAUCCGCUUUUAGAAGGUGUCAGGAGGUAAGGUUGUGUACCCGAUUCCCGCUUCCACCGUCAUCUCUCUUCCUUCCUUACUUCAUUCC